GACGGCGUAGACAGACACCACCCCAACCCUUAGCAUACCACUCCCGGCCCUCUGGCGAUUGUGUCAUGCUUGCCACUCGUGCGUGAUCUGGGAUGAAUGUAGCAUCUCCACAAUACACUUACCCCACAUUCUCGCAUCCUACCCUGCGAGCCGUGAGCCAUGGAUAGCGUCAAUGUCUCCGAGUUGGUCGCGCGACUCGGCGCGGAGGAGGAGUCGGUGCGCAAGAUGGCUGUCUUCAAGCUGCAGAGUGCCAUUGGCGACCCCUCGUUUGCCGACGUCUUCAUAUACGAAGGCGGUCUGCCCAAACUCAGAUUCCUGGCCCUGCAUUCCACAGGCAAUACACUGGCAUACUGCCUCACCUCUCUAGCACGCCUGCUGGAGCUGGACAAGGGAUGGGACCAUGUUACCGAUGAUUUGGUCGCGAGAAUAGUCGACCUUGUAGUCGCCCAACCUCUCGUCAACGUCAAUCGUGGUGCCAUGUCAGUCCUCGCAGCCAUCGUCGGCCACCCCUCUCAUCGCAACUCUCAGGAAGGAACCACUGGCUUCCAGCGCCUGAAGCCUGCCGUCGAUACUCAGCCUGAGUUCCUACCUUCCCUCGUCGAAAAGAUCACCUCAGCCGACCACGCGCUAUGUGCCAACUCGCUGCAGCUUAUCAACGCCCUCAUGCGAGAUGCCAUCGCAAACGACGCGGCUUUUGAGUGGCCCAAGUUCAUAAAGCAGCUGCAGGAGCUGGGUGUGAUCAAGAGCGUAUAUGGGCUCAUGCAGAGCUCCGCGAUACAGGAUCUGGCCCAUCCAUUGCUCGACUUCCAGUCGCUGACCAAGAUACUGUUGCGAAACUGGAGGGAAGAAAAGGUCGAUUUGGAGAAUCCUGAUCACAGAAGGGCUAUCCGGGGGCUACACACAGCGAGCAAGCCAGAGAAGCCAGACUCCGACUCCAAGGGAAGCAAGAAACAAAAUCCAGACAAAUGGAAACGUCUGGGCUUCGAGACUGAAUCGCCUGCGUGGGAGUUUGAUGAGACUGGUUUCCUAGGCCUCAUGGAUAUUACCGACUUCGUCUACAAGAACGAAGACGGAUUCCAGAAGCUCUUACUGGAGCAGUCGGCAGAACCACCCGAGCAGCGGUGUCCAAUUGCGCGUGCAAGUUUGUCUGUCACCCAGACUCUGUACGAGCAUUUCGAAGUAGACAAGCCUGAUGACUUUGACUCUCAUAGACAUACUGAUUCGCGAGCCAACUUUGACCGCGCGUUCAAACCCCUCUUGCUCCACUGGUCUAGACUGCACACGAGUGGGUUAAAUGCUUUCAUCAGACUGUGGAAAGCCGCUGGCGCACAGACGGAGGACUUUGAGAAGAUUGAAGAGCUUAUCCGCAUCUUGAUCGAGCAGGUGGUGGGUCAGGCGCCACGUAUGAAGGACGUCAAAGACGUGGAGGAGGAUCUGGCUGAAUUCGAACUCAAGCGCCUGAGAGAGCUCCAGAUGGAAGUACUGGAGCUGACGUAUGAGGACGCGUGGGGCCAUCAUCUGCGUCAAGUCCGUGACGAACUCAACCACGAGGCUCUACAGUUCGUAAAGGAGCAGCGUAUAAGAUGUCUGCUACAAGGGGCGUGGUUCCCUAUGGGUAUGGACUACGGCACAAGUGCAGGUCCAGUAACCGGCAAGACCCUGAAUCGUUCUGUGCCCUCAGCAUGGCGUUUUGUCCGAUUGUCACACAACCGGCGAUAUCUGCACUAUGCUGAUUUUGACGAAAAGACGGCGACUGAGCCGAGAUUAGACACACUGCAGGAGAAGAUCGAUCUAUCAAUCGUCUCUUCGGUCGUGAGCAAUGUCUCGGCUUCGGCUCCGUCGACCUCAUCAUCUGACAGUACAGUCAGAACCCUGCCAGGCCACGAGCGAGCUUCUACGUCGACCAAGAUCACGAUCCACGGCUACCUGCCGCCGUCCAAUCACUCGCGGCAGGCUUCCAGCGGCUCAGGCGCAGGGCGGAAAGAAUCUGUCCUGCUGCAUCUGCAUCCCCAGAGCCACACCCUUGCUUCCGAGUGGCUUGAUGGAUUGCUGAUGCUGUUAAACCAACAGCCUAUAACCGCCGAUACCAAUAAGUUGGCGACCUUCAUAGGCGGCUACGGGUUGAAGAUCCGUCUGCUCAACGUUCGAUACGAAGACGUUGGGCUGGAGGAGCCAGUACUCCCCAGCCGUGAGGGACUGGAUGACGAAUACUACUAUGACAUUGCGGGUGCCUGAAGAUCUAGAAGAUGCUUGUUUGUGAACAGGACUCUUUGACAACAAACAUCGAUCUCCUGCAGGACUUGGUGAAAUUAAUGGAUCCGCCAAUAUCCAAGCGACAGGUUGUUGGGAAGCCUAAGUAGACGCUUCCGAAAGCCUAAACUUUCUCGAUGCGGGACUAGACGAUGGCGGGGUCUACCACGAUCGCCAUGUCCCCGGAAGACGUCUGUCAGCCUUUAAACUGGCAAUCAGGUACCGCACCGAUAUUUGGGGAAUUAUAUUAGAGACAUUGCAGGGGCAGUGACGUUUGUGUUGGAGCUGGAGCUGGAUGCGCUUCUCUUGAGAUACCCUUGCUUGUGCUUGUGCAAUAAACUGCAGUUAGACCAGAUUGUAUGGAGCGUGCAUGCGUGUUGCUCAGCUUGUCGACGUUACACGGCGCAUGCUCGACGUUGUGCAAGGCGUCUGGUUGUCCACGGCGAUCUG